GGCCAACCCCUUUCGCUCCUCUCGCCGCUUUGGGUUGGGGUUUAAGCGAGUGUGUGGGAGGCCGGAGGCGACGACGACGGCGCCGGCGUCGGAGAAGAAGAAGCAGCCAGCUCCCGUGUAUAUGUCUUCUUGCCCCUUCUCCGAUCUGGUGGUCGUAGCGCUCAUCGUCGCCGUCGUCGCCGUCCUCCUUCGCGCCUUCGCCUGCUCCAGCCGAUCUAUGCGCCAGGGGCUCAACGGCUGGAACAAAUCCUCGUCGAUGCUCAGGGACGGGUUCGGGGUGAAGUAUUCCGGAUUCCUCCACAUAAGGCCGUGUUGCUUCUGUCGAGGAGACUGACGGAUUCGGUCGAUUUGCGCCCGGCUCCGUCCAAUUUUUGCACCCAUCGGAGAAAGUUCCUUCUUUUUUUAGAGUUUUUCCCCUUCAGUUUUGGAAAUUUUGGCCACAAGUUUUGGAGUCCUCUCCGGCGCAAGAGAUAGAAGAGAGAUGGCUCCGUUGAACCACCAGCAGAUGCUCAUCAAGAAGGCCCUGGCGAAGAAGCCCAAGACCAAGAGGAUCUCAGGAUUUGGCCUUAAACCCUCCGCUGCUCUCCUCAAGGCCAGGCCGCAGAUGCAGCCGCCGGCGCCUGUCCAGCCGAGGCGCCGCGUCCGCGUCCUGUUUGAGGACCCUGACGCGACGGACUCGGACUCUGACGACGAGGAGGCCGGCGCCCCGACGGGCCCUGUCAAGUCCAAGCGCUUCUCUUUUGAGAUGUUCGUCGGCAAGGCCCCACCGAAGCCGGUUCUCCCGGCGGCUACUGUGGCCGCGUCCACCAGCGGCGGGUCGCCGGAGAGCUACCGCGGCGUCAGGCUCCGCAAGUGGGGCAAGUGGGCGGCGGAGAUCCGCAACCCCUUCACCGGCAAGAGGCAGUGGCUUGGCACCUUCGACACCGCCGGCGCGGCCUCUGCCGCCUACCUGUCCGCUUCCAGGAGCUUCGCCGAUGAAAAACGCCGGCGCCGCGGGCAGCCCGUGCCCGCUUCUUCACCAGCUUCUUCGGCAAGCGCCACCCCGACGGCCUCCUCUUCGUCGUCCACCUCGGCUGCUCCGUUCGCCCACCCGUCGCCGUCCUCCGUGCUCGAAGCCACCAAGCCUGCACUGAAGGCUGAGUCGCCGGAGCCGGUUGCAACACCUAUCCUGCCGUCCACUGAAGCUGCGCAGCUGCCGGACGACCCGGAGUUCUACCAGGACCUUCUGCGCGGGCUGCAGCUACCCGACAUCGACCCGAUGGACUUCCGCGCCGGCCUGGACGCCCUGGAUGUUUCCGAUGCGCCCUUCUGCUUGGACGACGACCAGGACCUGCUGUUCGGGGACUUCGCGGACGAGGAGCUGGAUGAGAUCGACCUCGACCUCGACGACAUCAACGACGUCUUCCCGGAGAUCCCCGGCUGCGACCUCGGCCGCGGCAUGGACGACUUCCUGCAAACCGUGGAUUUCUGCGUGUGAAUUAAGCAAGUGCCUUAGUGUUAUCGAUGUUGGUGUGAUAAAAUGGGCCUGUGAGUGCGCUUGGGAGGGGAUUUCUUGGGUUUUUUCCCCGGGCAACACCAUCUGCUCGUGCCCAAGGAAAUCUCUGCUUCCCAAGCGAAGAACAUUAGCGUUUGGAGAGGUAAUUUUGGUAGGUUACAUUAUGGUAAGUUAUAGUAGUGGUACUGUCAUGUUUCCAGUGUCAUUUGGUAAUGCUUGUCAAGACAUUAUAGUGGACAAGUCAUUGAGCUGUUACUUGUUAAGCUAUGAAAGGAAAAUAAGUUUUGCAAUA